UUGUCUACUGAGGAAUCUUUUGACUCUGCAGUGAGGAAAAAUGUUCAUUAUAUUGAAUUAUUAAAGUCAGGAAAGCUAAAGGAAAGUAAUGCCAAAGCCUAUUUUAAAAGUGCAAUAGAUGAUAACUUCCCCACUGGUGUUCAUGAGUUAAUGUUUGUACCAACAAUUGAAGGUCAAGGCAAUGAAGAACAAAAAAAGAAAUGGUUAAAAAUAUCUCGUAAUUUUGAUAUCAUAGGAUGUUAUGCGCAAACUGAACUUGGACAUGGAACCUUUAUUAGAGGUCUUGAAACUAUAGCAACUUAUGACCCCUCAACUGAGGAAUUUGUUAUGAAUUCCCCAACACUAACUUCAAUGAAAUGGUGGCCUGGAUCAGUUGGUCACACUGCCACACAUGCUAUUGUUGUUGCAAGAUUAAUAACUAAAGGAAAAGAUGAGGGAAUCCAUUUAUUUAUUGUGCAAAUUAGAAGCCUUGAGGACCACAACCCAUUACCAGGAAUAAAGGUGGGUGACAUUGGACCAAAGUUUGGAUACUUUGGUACAGACAAUGGUUUCCUCCACAUGACAAAUGUGAGGAUACCAAGAGAUCACAUGCUAAUGAAAUAUGCUCAGGUAUCACGAGAUGGUACAUACUCAAAGCCUCCAGCUGAAGCUGAUAAAAUUUCAUAUGCUGUUAUGGUGUAUGUAAGGGCACUUAUUGUUGAUCAUUCAGCAGAAACUCUGGCUAGAGCUAUUACCAUAGCAAUAAGAUACAGUGUUGUGAGGAGACAAACACAAAAUAGACCUGGUGAACCAGAGACGCAAGUAUUGGAUUAUCAAACUCAACAGUUUAAACUGUUUCCUUUAUUGGCCUCUGCUUAUGCUAUAAAGUUUGCUGGUCAUUACAUGACGAAACUUUACACUGAAGUGACUGAAGAAAUUAGUGAAGGGAAAUUAAGAUCUCUCCCCGAGCUUCAUGCUACUAGUGCUGGUUUGAAAGCAUUUUGCACUGAACUAUGUUGCAGUGGUAUUGAGUUGUGCAGAUUAAGUUGUGGUGGUCAUGGCUACUCAGCUGCCAGUGGUCUACCUCAACUUUAUGCUGAUUAUUCUUCUUCUCAAACAUAUGAAGGAGAGAAUACAGUUAUGCUACUGCAAACAGCAAGAUAUAUUUUUAAAGUAUGCAAGCAAAAUAUGCCACAGGCUCAGUUACCUAGUAAUGUGGCAUAUCUUGCAGCUGAUUACCCAAAGUAUAAGGAGAGUCCAGUUUCAGAUCCAAAGCACUUCAAUGAUCCUCAUAUAUUACUGGAGGCAUAUCGUCAAAGGGUAAUAAGAUUAGUUGCUGUAGCAUUGGAACGAUAUAGCAAAAGCAUUGCCACUGGAUUGGACAGUGUAGCUGCUUGGAACAACUCUUCAGUGGACUGGACUAUGGCUGCAAGAGCUCACUGUCAUUAUCUUGUUUUGAAAGCUUUCCAUUCAAGUAUAGAUGCAGCUAAAGUGUGUGAAGCUAAUUUUAAUAUAAUGAGAGUUUUGUGUUGCUUGUUUGGACUUCAUGGUAUAAUACAGUACAGUGGAGAAUUCUGCUUGGAUGGUUAUAUGAAUAGUGAACAGAUUGAAAUGGCUAAAAAUCAACUUUAUUUUCUACUAAAGGAAGUCAGAUAUGAAGCAGUUCCUUUGGUUGAUGCAUUUGAUAUUCAUGAUGAUAUAUUAAACUCAUCUCUUGGUCGUUAUGAUGGUGAUGUUUAUAGACACUUGUAUGAAUGGGCACUAAGAGCUCCUCGGAAUAAGAAAGAGGUCCAUGAUAAUUAUGAAAAAUACUUAAAACCACUUUUGAAGAAUACAAAGUCCAAGUUGUGAUUUUUUCUAAAACUGUUUUUAGUAACGUAAUUAAGUGACAACCAUAAUGAUUAAAUUGAAAUUAUUAUUGAUAAUUGUGAUUGAUGAUAAUGUUAUGCUGCUAUAAUA